GCCUGGUGCUGAGAGAGGAGAGACCCCACAGUCCUGCCCACCCUCCAUGGGCUCCCUGGGUGCUGUGCAGGGUGCUGAGAGAGGAGACACCCCACAGCCCUGCCCACCCUCCAUGGGCUCCCUGGGUGCUGUGCAGGGUGCUGAGAGAGGAGAGACCCCACAGCCCUGCCCACCCUCCAUGGGCUCCCUGGGUGCUGUGCAGGGUGCUGAGAGAGGAGACACCCCACAGCCCUGCCCACCCUCCAUGGGCUUCCUGGGUGCUGUGCAGGGUGCUGAGAGAGGAGACACCCCACAGCCCUGCCCACCCUCCAUGGGCUCCCUGGGUGCUGUGCAGGGUGCUGAGAGAGGAGACACCCCACAGCCCUGCCCACCCUCCAUGGGCUCCCUGGGUGCUGUGCCUGGUGCUGAGAGAGGAGAGACCCACAGCCCUGCCCACCCUCCAUGGGCUCCCUGGGUGCUGUGCAGGGUGCUGAGAGAGGAGACACCCCACAGCCCUGCCCACCCUCCAUGGGCUCCCUGGGUGCUGUGCCUGGUGCUGAGGAGAGACCCACAGCCCUGCCCACCCUCCAUGGGCUCCCUGGGUGCUGUGCAGGGUGCUGAGAGAGGAGAGACCCCACAGCCCUGCCCACCCUCCAUGGGCUCCCUGGGUGCUGUGCAGGGUGCUGAGAGAGGAGACACCCCACAGCCCUGCCCACCCUCCAUGGGCUCCCUGGGUGCUGUGCCUGGUGCUGAGAGAGGAGAGACCCCACAGUCCUGCCCACCCUCCAUGGGCUCCCUGGGUGCUGUGCAGGGUGCUGAGAGAGGAGAGACCCCACAGCCCUGCCCACCCUCCAUGGGCUCCCUGGGUGCUGUGCCUGGUGCUGAGAGAGGAGAGACCCCACAGCCCUGCCCACCCUCCAUGGGCUCCCUGGGUGCUGUGCAGGGUGCUGAGAGAGGAGAGACCCCACAGCCCUGCCCACCCUCCAUGGGGCUCCCUGGGUGCUGUGCCUGGUGCUGAGAGAGGAGAGACCCCACAGCCCUGCCCACCCUCCAUGGGCUCCCUGGGUGCUGUGCAGGGUGCUAAGAGAGGAGAGACCCCACAGCCCUGCUCACCCUCCAUGGUGUCCCCUGGGUGCUGUGCCUGGUGCUGAGAGAGGAGAGACCCCACAGCCCUGCCCACCCUCCAUGGUGUCCCCUGGGUGCUGUAAGACGUGUUGGUGGCCUUCUGGCCAGUGGGUCUUCUGCGUCCUGCAGGGAACCCAUCUUUUAAGCCGCCUCUCAACAGUGACUAGUCCCCCCAGAAGCUGGUCAGGCAGGGCCCCGGCUUCUCUGACCGUGCUCGUGAUGCAGGCAGUGUCGCCACUCCUGUCCCCAUGGGGACCCAGCUGUUUCUGUCUGACCUUGACGGGUACAGGCUUGCAGGUGGGUCCUGUGCAGGACAGUGAGGGACGGGUGUCUUCUCUGUCCUUGUGAGCGUGGGCCUGGGCUUGGGGAGAGAUGUCCCCGGAGGAGAGACAGCCUCGCUCCCAGACGCAGACAUGGCGGCCGCCCAGCCACGCUCCCCCGUCCCUCCAGCAAGAGGAGCCGAGCAUGGCUGUGCCCCCACCCUGGCGGGCGCCCCUACCCCUGUCCCCAUGGGGGAGGAGCCCGUGGCGUCUGGGGCCGCGUGUCUCUGCCGCGGGCCAGCGCGUCUGUGUGUGUUCUGCCGCCGUCCCGAGGGGCCUCUGCCCUCGCCACGAGCCUCAGGGAAGUGUGUCGGCCCCUGUCCGGGCGUCCUGGUCUGCGUGUCUCCUCUGUCCCUGUGUGGCCGUCACCGUGGUUAGAGUGGGCUCCCGAGGGCACUGCUGUGUGGCUGAGCAGUCGUGGUCUGUGGUCAGUUCUCUUCUUGCCAAGUCUCCCCCGUCACUGUGCUGGCGGCGCUUGGCCUCUGCGCUGCCUGGAGGGGCCGGGGGGGGGCAGUGUCCAGGGGGGACAUUCCUCCUGACACACGGCUGCAGGUGGCACUGGGACUGGGACUCCAUGAUGCUCCAUGCACACCAGCCUUGUGGAAUCCUGCUGGGAGCUUUCCCGGAAGCCUCGGCCUGGGAACGAACAGGAAGAGCCUCUGGGGCCCUUGGCGGCUCCGUCCCCUUGCAGAUUUUUAAGAAAAGCCGUGUGUCUGCGUGCGCCCUGCCUAGGGGCCUGCGCCGUCCCCGUCCCCGCCUCGUGUAGACAGGAGUCACGACUAUGAGCAGGGGGGCCACGGAGCUGACCUGCUGUUUGUCACUUCUGGUCUGCCCGUGGCCAGGGCAGUGAGGGCUGUGUCUGCACCCAGAGAUGCUCUAGAGGGCACCUGCCAUGCAGAUGCAGCGGCUAGCCCCCUACCCCCCCCCGCCCACCCCCAGACCAAAGUCUCCCCAAGGUCACAGAGAGGCGUGAAGGCAGCAUCCAGGAGCCUGCACACGGGCCGGGAAGUGGGCAGCAGGAUUCCACAAGCCAGUCGUUGGUCUGUCUUCUCAUCACGAGUGAGCCACUGGGCCUCGGGGACAGGACGUGUUGGCGACCUGGCCUGUGCGUCCUUCCCCGAGCGGCAUCCAGGGUGUUAACCCAUUGGGCAGCAUCCGCCAUCCAGCCUGGGGGCCGGCAGUCACUCAUGGCGCACCUCUGACGGCAUGGCCUGUGUGUGCGUGAAGCAGCUGCAAGCCCGUGGCUACUCUCACGUCUCUCUCUCUCUCCCCCCACAUGCUCACCUGGGCAGACGAUGAGCCAGCUGGGCCCAUG